AUGUUCAACAGAUCUGCAGUGACCUCGUCUAUUAUCCGCUACAGACCUUCAAGGGUUUUUGCUCCGCAGGCGGCAUUCAUUUCAUGCCAUAGCAGCAUCCACACAUGCACCAUAGCUCAGAAGAGUGCCAAAGAGGUGGUGAAAGAAAAUCUAGAGAAGUUGAAUAAGAAAAUCGGCAAAGUGGCAGCCGAAGGUAUCGAGAAAACACAAGAGGCUUCGCAUCGUGUUAGCGAGGCCGCAUCACAUGCCGGUGACAAGGCAGAUAAUGCACUUGGUCAUGCCGAAGAGAAGGCUAACCAGAAGAGCGCUGAUGUCAAUGAAAACGUAGAAACUGCUAAAGACAAGGUCAAAGAUACAGUGCAAGAUCUCAAAAAAAAAGUAGAUGAUUCCACUUAG